UUCAUUGCAAAAGAGCCGGUAUGAGGGAGGAGAUCACCUGAUUUUUACCUGCUUGGGUGCGGUGACGUCAGGCGUACUGGGAAAGGUAUCGAGCGUCAAGGUGCCUCAUUGCUAUUUAGUAAAAGCUGUCCAUUUUUGCUAAAUCUUAGUGAUGACAAUUCUUGUGCGGAACCUCCCUGUGUCGGACGAUCUGAAGAGACGGGACAUCAUGAUCAGAGAUAAAUAGCCGACUAUGAAGCUCAGGACCAUCAUGUGUUCAGUGAUUUCCUGGGUUUUCUGGCUUGUCAUUUGCGUCCAAUGUGACUCGUCGAAUGUUCCUGCUCCGGUGAACGUGUCGGUGGUCUGCAAAAACUUCCAGACGGUGGUCUCAUGGACGUACAGCCAGCAGGUCCUAGAACCCCUCUUCCGCGUGUACAUCAUCUCGCAGACCAUCGACAGCAAGGGGUGGACUACGGUCAACGAGACAACCAGGGACCUCCAGUACAACUUGAGUGGCGAAGUGUGGAGUAAUUUUAUGAGUGCCAGAAACUUGUACAAGGUGGAGGUCUCCGCCGUCAGCGGCGGGCAGGAAUCCAAAAGGACCACGUCUCCAAUGUUCACCUUCAAUGAAAUACACUACGGUGUAUUUCAAAUACUCUGCACAUUGGAUCUUCCUCCAGUGGAGGUGCGUGUGAACGGCCAAGUGGCCACCGUUACCUUCCCUAACCCCAUGAGGAUCCACCCAGAGCUCAAAUGGGCCGCAGGCCUCGAGUCGGACCCUCUCUGCCUUACCUUUGAUGUCACUGAAAACAAUGUUACACAACGGGGCAAGUGUCUUGUGCAAAAUGAACCGUGCAAGUUGGAUUUCACGCUGCCUUCCAAAAAGGAAAAGCACUGCCUCUCAUUAAACGCUUGGCUCAAGAACGAUAUUCACGAGAUGACGUUCAACCACAAAGACCCCAUCUGUGGCCAGCAGAAAUCUGUGGAAGAACCCUACUGGCUGUUCCUGGCACUGCUGCUGGCGUUGUUCAUUUUGGUGGUCUGCAGCGUGGGCUUCAUGGUCUGGAAAAGCAAGGCUUGGUUCCUUAAGUCACAAUCUUUACCCCCAACCCUGGAUCCAAAGUCUUGGUCCAACCUGCAGCAGAACAUCAUGGACCCGGAGAGCGAAAGGGUGGAUUUCCUCAGGGCCAAUGGGCAAAGCAGUCCAUCAGUGGUCAUUACCCAGAAACCAUUGGACCCUGCACACGGGCUGACAGAGGCGAACGACCAGGAAACCCUGUCGGUUGACCUAUCGUCAGAGAGUCCUGGGGACAGUUGUCCCGGUGCCCUGUACAGUGCUAGGUUCGACGGGUCAGAGGACGACCCAGAAGAGGAGGAUCCUGAACAGGAGGAGGACGAGGUUGAAUGCGAACCAGUGUUGGAAUACGACCGACCCCAUUUCCCUUCCCUUGACAUGGGAGACAGGGACAUGGUUCAUACCUAUGGCCUAUAGCACAGAGCACCGCACACGCACCAUUUUGAUUGUGAUCCGGACUCGUUUUGAAAACUUGGUAUGUAGGGUACCUGCUGGACAGGUCUAACCAACGCAAAGUAACGUGUUUCGCCAAAACACGUGAUAACAGCCGACUCAAGCACACCAUCAUGCCUGGAGGGCCCCUUAUUUUAAUUACUAGCUACAGCUAGUUCCCCAGCCCCCUCCCCCAAGAGGCCUAUGGGCUUUUCACCUUGGGGCCAUCUUGGAUUAAACGCUAGCUGGAGGGAUGGAACUGAAUUCAGUACAAGGUUCAUAUAGGAUUCAGGAGCCAACAUUCUCUGGCCCCGACAAAUGUUAUGACAUUAUGCUCUUAGUUAAUAGUCCACCAGAGCUUGUUAACAUUGAAGAACCAAGGGUUGGAGUGAGUGUGCCAGCCCUCAGAAACCAGUGCCGCACCCUUUAUCUGUUAAGCAUUAUUUCUAAAUGCCACCUGGGUUAAAGUGUACGUAAGGAAGGGCGUGCAGACCAAAGAGGAACGCAAACGAAGGUAUCUUGCUAAUCAGGAUAGUCAAGAGUCCAGGUCUGAAGCAAUGAUUUUACCUUCCUGGUAUUUAUUUUUGGUCUCAUUGUAUAUUCUGAUGAAGGUUACUAAUAAAAAGUGAUUUCUUAAAGGCCCUUUUUUCUGCCAUCACCCUCAAACAAAAAGCUUCAAUAAAACACUGUCGAUUUUACACAAGGGAGCCAUCUCUUAGGACAAGAGGUCUUUAAUUAUAUAGGUGAACAAAAAUAGCAGAUGGGGUCUGGAUACUACUGUGUUACAGUGACCCCGGAGAGCAGCUAAGCUUUGGUCACGCGAGGCGUGUUUUCCUUGGUCGUAAAUACACAGCUCUGCAGAUCCUCUGGGGCUCCAGACCAGCGACCAGGCAGAACCCACAUGGAGUUGGGAGUUAAGAAGUCUUUUAGGAGCAGAGCUCUGGCUCUAGGACAGCUUCAUGCCCUGGAUGUUUGUUAGAACGUUCAAGAUCUGUUUCUCCUGUCGGACCUUCUCCCGGUUGAAGGCCACCUUGUUGGCCUUCUUCUCCGUUCUCCUUUCCUGUAGAAACACAACAUCGCACACUCGUCAACAUAUAUUUUUUUUUACUAGUAACUUAAAAAUGAGGAACAAUCAAAAGUAGGCAUUAAACUUAAUAGCACCAAUGGAUCUCGGUUCCAAUACAGAUGUAAAUAACAAUAAUAAUUUAACUUCACGAAUUAUAUCGCCCCCUAUGGGAAUUCUGGCACCAAACAUUUGAGACCUGCUCUUCCGCAAUAGAAAUAUAG